UCUCCUGUAUAAUUAUCCACGUUAUCAUUUGUUUUCAUUUCUUCGCCGUCUGAACGCGGUGUCUCCCCUCGAACAAUUGCAUCAGCUUGAACAAUCGUCAUUGAGACCCCGCAAUCACCGAAAAGUCCGCAAUGACAAAGGUCACAGUAUUGGACGGUAGUUUUUCCACUCAAGUAUCGAGCCACGUGGGGAAGAGUGCGGACGGUGACCCACUGUGGACCGCGCGUUUCCUGGUGACCAACCCGGACGCCGUGUCAUCGGCUCAUAUGGACUUUCUCCGUGCAGGAAGUGACAUAAUCGAGACGAAUACGUACCAGGCGUCGGUGGACGGCUUCAGCAAGUACCUGGGGAUGAGCGAGGCCGACAGCCUAGAGUUCAUUCGAAAGGCUGUGGACCUGGCCGCUCAAGCCGUGAAGAUAUACAAGGAAGAAAUCGAGGGCAAUGAAGAGGCUGUGAACAGGUGCCCGUUGAUCGCCGGCUCCUGCGGCCCUUACGGGGCGACUCUGCACGACGCGAGUGAAUACACCGGCUCCUACGGGAAGUCCGUGUCGAAGGAUUUCCUCAAGGACUGGCACAGGCCGAGGAUCGAGACCCUGAUCAAAGCCGGAGUCGAUCUUCUGGCGAUCGAAACGAUCCCCUGCGCCGAGGAGGCCGAAGCUCUCGUCGAGCUGAUGAAGGAGUUCCCUGGCACGAAGGCCUGGCUCUCCUUCUCCUGCUCAAACGAUGGCAAGACACUUGUUGAUGGCUCUGAGUUCAGGGAGGUGGCCCUCAACUGCUGGAGGAACGCUCACCCCGGGCAGUUCCUCGCUGUUGGCAUCAACUGCGUGAAUCCUCACUUUGUCACCGAUUAUCUGGAGAGCCUCAGGGACACCCCCGAGGGCAAACACGUGCCUUUGAUCGUCUAUCCCAACAGUGGGGAGGUCUAUGUGCCUGAGAAGGGGUGGAAGGAGGAGGCCAGGGUGGAGAUCGAGAAGUACGUGCAUCAGUGGCUGGACCAUGGGGUGCAGUUCAUUGGGGGCUGUUGCAGGGUCAGUGCCUUGGAGAUUGCCAAGAUCAGGGGACAGGUGGAGACGUGGCGCUCGCAGGAGAGGGAAACGUCGCUCUGAAUGUUCAGGAGGUUUGAGAGGGCGAAGAUGUGUCCUGGACAGUGAGCAUUUUCAUUUUGGCUUUGGCAUUGUUAUUUUGAGGAAUGAACCCCUCACGGACGGGACCCUUUUCUUUCCAAGCGUGGAGUACGCUCGAUACAAGUUAAAUAUAAUCACUUCUAAUCGACGGAACAUUAUGAAGGCAAUAUGUAAUUGAAGGUGCAGUAUUCCUUUUUUCGUUGUUAUUUAUUUGGUUGAGUUAAAUUCCAGUUUUGGACAUAAUCAAUUUUGAAGAGAGUCAUUCAUGUUUUCAUGGGUCGAUGCACGGAAUCGACCCCGACGUGAGGGGUUCAGACGGUUUGGUAAUUCUAUCAAAAAUUACUGCUCAAUCAUUCUCGGGAGAGGAAAAUUUCUCUCUGAAAGUUUAAGAGGUUUAAUAAGGCGAAGAUAUUUCCUGGACAGUGGGCAUUUUCAUUUUAGCUUUUUGGAAUUGAACGGUUUCGUAAUUCUAUCAAAAAUGACUGCUACUUCUAUGGUUAAGAGAUAAUGAUAAUUAUUACUCCAGUAUUUUAAGGUCUUUCACUCAAUUUUUAUCCGAGAAUUCCGAUAGACCUCUUAUUCCAUCAGUAAAAAAUCGGGCUAAAGUUCAUGUUUUGACUUACCUUCAGGUUAAGAUGAUUAUGAAGAUGAUGGUUAUAUCAAGUGAUAAUUACGACUAUAAUUGAUACUCUGUUUAUCGUAUUUAUCAGCAUCAUUUUGUAUUUUUCGAAAAUAAAUAGUUUAAUUUCAUUAACGA